AUGGAAAUCCUAAUGACAGUCUCCAAAAUCGCCUCUAUCUGUACCAUGGUGAGUGAGGGGCUUGGGCCGGGGCGGCACUCUCCAGCCCCACCGGCUCCCCGGGGACCGGGACUCGGGGCAGUGGAAGGGGCUGUGGGAAGGCGUGCGAGAGGCGGGCGGCGGGGGAGGCUGGGUUUGCGUAGCGGCCGGCGGUGGAUGGUGUGGCGGCGGGGGGACAGGGUGACGGGGUGGCGGGGAGGCGUCCCUGGCUCGGGAGCGCUGCCGUGGGUGGGAAUCGGGUUAAUCGGCUUUGGGAGAAUCAACCUUGAUGCGGACGCUGAUAGGAUUGAGUUGGAUUGGGCUGGGGGCGAGGGGAGAAUCCUGACUGUCAGUGGGAUAGAAUUUUUCUUGCUUUUCCCUAUGCCUCUUUCAAGAACUCUCAGGUUAUUGCUUCUUUUCUUGUGUUUGGGCGCCAAUGCCUCUGCUUUGGAGAAAGAGAUCGGUCCAGAACAAUUUCCAGUCAAUGAGCACUACUUCGGUUUGGUUAAUUUCGGGAAUACGUGCUACUGCAAUUCAGUUCUUCAGGCACUUUACUUCUGUCGACCAUUUCGAGACAAAGUCUUAGCAUACAAGAGUCAACCAAGAAAAAAGGAAAAUCUGCUUACAUGCUUAGCUGAUCUCUUCUACAGUAUAGCCACUCAGAAGAAAAAAGUUGGAGUAAUACCUCCCAAGAAAUUUAUAACAAGAUUACGAAAAGAAAAUGAGCUUUUUGAUAACUACAUGCAGCAAGAUGCACACGAAUUCUUGAACUACCUAUUAAAUACAAUUGCGGAUAUCUUGCAAGAGGAAAGAAAACAAGAGAAGCAAAACGGUCGCCUACUGAAUGGCAAUAUUGACAAUGAAAAUAACAGCCCACCAGACCCAACCUGGGUUCAUGAAAUCUUUCAGGGAACAUUAACUAAUGAAACCAGAUGUCUUACAUGUGAAACUAUAAGCAGCAAAGAUGAAGACUUCUUAGAUCUUUCAGUUGAUGUGGAGCAGAAUACUUCAAUCACUCAUUGUUUAAGGGGUUUCAGCAAUACAGAAACUCUGUGCAGUGAAUACAAAUACUACUGUGAAGAAUGUCGCAGUAAACAAGAAGCACAUAAAAGGAUGAAAGUAAAAAAGCUGCCUAUGAUUCUAGCUCUCCAUUUGAAGAGAUUUAAAUACAUGGAUCAGCUGCAUCGAUACACAAAACUCUCUUAUAGAGUAGUUUUUCCUUUAGAGCUUCGUUUAUUUAACACCUCAGGAGAUGCAACCAAUCCUGACAGAAUGUAUGACCUUGUGGCUGUGGUAGUUCAUUGUGGAAGUGGCCCUAACAGAGGACAUUAUAUUGCAAUAGUGAAGAGUCAUGAUUUUUGGUUGCUUUUUGAUGAUGAUAUUGUUGAGAAAAUUGAUGCACAAGCUAUUGAAGAAUUCUACGGGUUGACGUCAGACAUCUCAAAGAACUCUGAAUCUGGCUACAUCCUCUUCUAUCAGUCUCGGGAUUGA